GUAACUUCCUGAACAGGAAAUAAACAUUAUCGCGGGUGGCAGUAUCACAACAAGGUUGCCUGACAUGGAUUCCGACGUUGACGAUGAUGUGCAGUCGGACGGCGAAGAUUGGAGCCGACCUGUUGCCGAAGUUGGAACAGUAAUUCAGCCGUCCGUUCUCAAUAAGUCGAAUACACAAUGCGAGUCCAUGUUGGUGUCUAAACUGGGUCACAAGAGAACCAUCAUCCACAUCGAUAUUGACUGCUUCUACGCUCAGGUUGAAAUGAUUCGCAACCCUCAACUACGCCGCAAACCACUCGGAAUACAACAGAAGUACAUCAUCGUUACAUGUAACUAUGUGGCGAGGGAGAGAGGGCUGACGAAGCUGAUGAGCAUCAAGGACGCCAGGGAGACAUGUCCGGACCUCGUUCUGGUCAACGGCGAAGACCUCACCCACUACAGAGAGAUGUCCUACAAGAUUUCAGAAUUUCUCCAAAAGUACACCCCAAAGGUGGAGAGACUGGGUUUUGAUGAGAACUACCUGGACGUGAGUGACAUGGUGGAGCAGCGACUGGCGCUCAACGAUGACACACACCAAGCUGGCUUUGUGUACGGAGCUGAAACAGGGACUCAAGUGUCUACCUGCUCCUGUGGAUGCCAUCUCCGUCUGGCGGUGGGGUCUCGGAUAGCGGCAGACAUCCGGGAAGCUCUCCAUGAGGAGCUGGGUAUCACCUGCUGUGCUGGCAUAGCUCACAACAAACUGCUGGCAAAACUCGUGGCAGGGACGCACAAGCCCAAUCAACAGACCACCCUGUUCCCAAACAACACCUCCACGCUCCUCUCAUCACUGCCAAAGGCAAGAAGUAUACCAGGAGUAGGCUGGAACACAUCCAAGAAGUUGGCUGAAGCUGGCGUCCACGGCGUUAUGGACUUACAGGAGUGUGACCUGGCCACUCUGACAGAGGAAUGUGGCACUACAAUGGCUGUCACCAUCAAACAGCUGAGUCAUGGAGUGGACGACUCCCCUGUAGUGCAGUACAGUCUCCCACAGACAAUCAGUGAUGAAGAUUCCUUCAGAAAGUGCAACACCAUGGCACAGACUCAGCAGAAGAUUGACAACUUAUUGUCCAGUCUCCUUAAGAGGCUGGUAGAGGAUGGUCGGACUCCACACACGUUCAGGCUGACAGUGCGGAGAGCAGAGUAUCAGAAGUACACCAAAAGAGAGAGCAAGCAAUGUCCUGUGCCAGCACACGUCUUCCAGAAAGUGGGAAAGGGUGAUGUCUCGUUUGCCCAUGAGUUCCUGAGAAAAACAUCUAUGUCUCUGUUUGAGAAAAUUAUCAAUGUGAAACAACCUUUCCAUCUCACUUUGAUCAAUGUAGCCUUUGCAAAACUGCAGCAAAAAUCCAAAAGUGACAUCAGUAGCUUUUUCCAACUCCCUCGAGGACAUGAGAGGGUGGGUGUAGAGAGGGAGGUACCAUCCCAGAUGGAUGUGGAUGAGGAACUCUCACCGGGACCUGUGAAGAACAAGAUCAGUGAACACUCUUCAAGGGAGAGUAGUACACUGAAUACAGAGAUUUGUCAUUUGAAUGAUCAAUAUGUUGGUCUAGCUGGAAAGAGUUUGGAAAGCCCAGUUAUGUCAGAUAAUGAUACUAACAUAUCACUGAAUCAGUCAGAUCAACUUAAUGCUCUAGUCAAAGAUGCUAACAGUUUGUCACCACACGUGAAAUCUGACAAGGGUAAAAUCGGUUUCUUCAAGAGAAAGGGGACUUCAAAAAUGGAUGGAUUUUACAAAGCUUCAGAUCUGUUACCUUUGAAUACAUUUGAAAGUAAUGAAAGGCCAGGAAUACUGUCCACAAGGGAAAAGCAUUUUAAGGAACUCAGUUCAACUUCUGAUUCUAAGGAAGAAACUCAUUGUAGUAAGGCUGAUGUUCAUAGUGGAGAAAUCUCAUCUCUAUCAAGCACCACUGCCUAUGAGGACCAUGGCCUUUUUCCACCCCCAAUGGACCAGACUGUGGGUCGUACUGCAUCACUUCCUGAUGGUAUUGAUGCAGACGUGUUUCAUCAGCUGCCACCAGACAUGCAACAGGAUAUCCUAGCUGACUGUCGAUCAACAAGGUCAGGACUUUACACAUCAGAUCACUCCACUGGACAAGAAAGAGGAAGAAGACAAAUGAAAAGAAGACAAAAUAACUCAUUACGACCAUCUGGAUCUGUUAGCUUACCUAUGUCUGACAUUGCCAGGGAUGAGUGUUCCAAUGGGUUAAGAACUCCUGAAAAAGGAGCUAUUGAUUCCACUGAUAAUGUCAGCCCAUUCAAGAAGAAAAAGAGGCUGUUCAGUCCAAGUAAGUCUUGGGCCACUGCUUUGACAGAAGCUGAUGAUAAUAAUAACAUGUUUACUGAUUCAGAGAACAUGAGUAAGGCAGACUGUGCUGCUGCUGCUGCUGCUGCUGCUGAUGAUGAUGAUGAUGAUGAUGAUUAUGAUGACAAUAUGCUCAUACCAACAUGUAACAAUAGUGAUCAGGUUGCCAGUGGAAAGGUCAGUGAACGGAAUAUUUGUCCGGGAUCAUCAUCAGUCAUUCUGCCAUGGAUUGAUAGGUUUGAUUGUGAAAGCACUGUGGAUAAGGUAAGUCAUGCAGCUGGUGAUUCAUUAUUCAGCAACAGUCACAAUUCAGCAGAUUUCAUUGAAAGUAGAAAGUCAAAGAUUCAUGUGACAAUACGCAAAUAUUCCUCAGCAGCAUCAACAUCAACACAACCACCACCAACUACACCAUCGGCAGCAACAAUUAAAUCAGCUUCAACAACAAAACCUUCAGCAUCAACAAAACCUUCAGCACCUGCAAGACAAUUGGUAUCAACAGCACUGCAAAAGUGCAUAACAGCAGCAGAAUCAACGACACCUUUAUCAGCAUCUUCUUGUCACAGUCGAGGAACAUUGGUUGCAGAAGCUGGAGGAGACACCAGUACAUCCGAGCCUGUGUUCAAGAUGAUGACGGGUCCAGCUCCUUCUGUACCACCCAAUACAGAUCCUGAAGUGUUCCGAUCACUCCCCAUUGAGAUCCAAGCAGAGUUGGCUCUUCAGUGGGAAUUCAAAAAUAUGAGAAGUACCACCUCACACAUGGGCAGAAUUAGAGAAUCAAAGAAGAAAAGUCCAAAGAGUUCCAAGAACACAAUGCCAAAGUCCACAACAUUGUUUAGAAGUGGAAAUAAAAAAUGAUUUAUUAUCAA